CGCUCGAAGCUUCCCUUCCUCGGGGACACGUGGCGUCUCCGGACCCGUCCCAGAGCGGGGAGCGGAUCCGGGGCCGUUGGCCCGGUGAGGUGAGAGCCUGACCUGUGGCCCCAGGUUGCUCCGCCUUUUACCGCGUAGUUACGGAUGACUACGCGGGUCCUGCCUUGCUGCAGUAGAAGUGGGUAUCCCUGCUACAGGGUACCGACAAUACUGUUAUCAUGAUUAUGUGGGAAAACACCUGUGCAGGCAGAAAGGUGCUCUGUCUCUGUAUUUCUGCAGUAGACAAAAUUCAUAUCGCAACAUCAUCCUAGGGAUGACUUAUUUUGGCAAUAAUUGUCUGCUCGUCAUGAGGGGGUUCGUCAAGACAGUUUGAAAAAACAACUGAGGAGUCCUUGUGGAAAGGAAAAACUUGUGUACAGCAGGACAUGGGAAUCCUUGUUCAGCUAAGGAGGUGUUGUUGCCUGUUUGCUCUUCAUGCAACCAUAUAAGGAGGUAUAGUUGUUUGUUUGGUCUUCAGAACUCCAGAAAGCCGCAUUUGGCAAUGUCAAUCCGUCCUCAGAUGUAUUUGUAUUUCCAUUAUUUUGUGUCACCCAUGAAUGAAGCCAAAAGAACAUUUGGUAUAUGGAGCCUUGGAGGCUCAGUUGGAUUAACCACAAUUGACCUGCAUGGAUAUGAGGCGGCCACUGGACAUGUGAACAUGGAUAAUCAAACACAUGGAUAAACCAGAUUUUUGCUGUGUUGAUCCAAUGAUGCACAUAUCUAUGCAAUAAUGCAUCUAAAAGAUAAAAAGAUUGACGGUCGGUGAAGCAUGCUGGUAGAUCUUUUUGGUGAAGUGAACAAAUAUGAUGAACCAGACUCAUGCAGUCAUGCCAAAGGGGAGUGUUUGGUUCACAUUGUGUACUUGGGCCACAACAAUGGCCUCAGUCCUUCUCUAACUUCACGGUCCCAUCUGCAACUUCUGUCAAGAGUCUUUAUGAAGCCGGAUGAAGCAAAACAAGCUAUUCUGUACAGCUACAGCUGUGGAUUCUCUGGUUUUGCUGCACUGCUCAAUUCAACACAAGCUUCCACCUUGUCUGAAACAGAAGGGGUCAUAUCAGUAUUCAGGAGUAGGAUACUGGAGGUCCAUACAACACGGAGCUGGGAUUUCAUGGGCCUCAAUCUGCACAUGCAAAUGGAGCAGUCAUCCCAAAUGCAUUUGAAAUUUGGAGACGAUGUUAUCGUCGGCGUCCUUGAUACAGGAGUUUGGCCUGAAUCCGAAAGCUUCAGGGAUGACCCCCACUACGGCCCCAUCCCGUCGUCAUGGCGCGGCACGUGCGUGAAAGGCGACUCCUUCGACCCGGCCACCGCAUGCAACCGCAAGCUUAUCGGCGCGCGCUACUACCUCGCCGGCAUCGAGAGCGAGCUCGGCCCGCUGGACACCAGCGGCGGCGCGGAGUACCGGUCGCCACGCGACCGCGUGGGCCACGGCACGCACACGGCGUCCACGGCCGUGGGGAGCGUGGCGCCCAACGCCAGCUACUUCGGCCUGGGCCGCGGCGCCGCGCGCGGGGGCGCGCCAAGGGCGCGGCUCGCGGUGUACAAGGUGUGCUGGUACAAGGACCUGACGGGCCGGUGCAGCGACGCCGACAUCCUGGCCGCGUUCGACGACGCGCUGUGCGACGGCGUGCACGUGGUGUCGGCGUCCCUGGGGUCGUCCCCGCCGCUGAUGCCGCUGUUCGCGACGAGCACCGAGGUCGGGGCGUUCCACGCGAUGCAGCGCGGCGUCGUGACGGUGUUCUCGGCCGGGAACGACGGGCCGGACGCGUCGAUGGUGCAGAACGUGUCGCCGUGGGGGCUCACCGUCGCCGCCAGCACCAUCGACAGGAGGUUCCCGACGGUGAUCACGCUUGGGAACAACGCCUCCAUCGUGGGAGAGAGCUUCCUUGUGAAAGACAUGAAGAAGCGCCUGGUGGAGAGCAGCAGCGUCUUCACCGAUGGGACGUGCGCGUUCGAGCAGCUGAUCAACCGCACGGCGGCAACGGGGAAGAUCGUGCUGUGCUUCGGUACCAUGGGAAUGGUGUCCAGUGAGGGUGCGGCGCUGGCGGUGUACGCCGGCAACGGCGACGGCGUGAUCUUCGCCAACACCAUCAGCCGGAAAUCGAGCCAGGACAACUUCUGGCCCACGGUCCACGUCGACCUGCACCAGGGCACCCAGAUCCUCUACUACAUCCGCGCCUCCAGGAACGCGAUGGUGCACAUUUCUCCGAGCAAAACCGUCGUCGGCAAAACGCCGGCGCCGACGGUGGCCUACUUCUCUUCCAGAGGGCCGAGCUCCAUCACUCCCAACAUCCUCAAGCCCGAUGUGACUGCUCCCGGGGUGAACAUUCUGGCGGCAUGGCCGCCCAAAUCUUCGCCGACGGUGCUCCCCCUGGACAAGCGCUCCACGAACUGGAACUUCGACUCGGGCACGUCCAUGUCGUGCCCGCACGUCUCCGGCAUCGCCGCGCUCAUCAAGUCCGUGCACCCGACCUGGUCGCCGGCAGCCGUCAAGUCCGCGCUCAUGACCACAGCGUACAUGUACGACGACACGUCCGACGUGAUGCUGGCCGGCGGGACGCUGAAGGCGGCGGACGCCUUCGACGUCGGCGCGGGGCACGUGCACCCGCUCCGCGCGCUGGACCCGGGCCUGGUCUACGACGCCGGCGCGCGCGACCACGUGCUGUUCCUCUGCAGCCUGGGCUACACGGCGGCGCAGAUCCGGCAGAUGGUGCUCCCGGGCUCGUCGCUCGACACGAGCUGCCCCGGCGGCGGCGCGGCCCACGCCGCCGACCUCAACUACCCGGCCAUCGUGCUCCCGGACCUGAGCGCGCCGGUGACCGUGAAGCGGACGGUGACCAACGUGGGCGCGAACCGCGGCGCCGUGUACCGCGCCACAGUCGUCAGCCCGCAGGGCGCGCGCGCCGAGGUGUGGCCGCCGGAGCUGGCCUUCUCCCCGCACCACGGCGACACGGCCUCCUACUACGUGAGCGUCACCCCCGCGAAGCCGUCGCGCGGGCGGUUCGACUUCGGCGAGAUCGUGUGGUCCGACGGCUUCCACCGCGUCCGCACGCCGCUGGUCGUCAGGGUGACCAACCUCCCCGACGACGGCGUCCGGGCCGCCGCCGCCACGGGCGACCACGACAGCCACGGCACCACCGAUUAUCUACAGGCCGCCGCCUAGCCCAGCUGCCUCCGUCAGAGCUCGUUCGAUUCCAGAUAUUUCGCGCAUGCGUUCGUGAGUGUGUGGACUACGAGUAGUACAUUUCGUCAGACUUCCGUUUUAGCGCCCAUUUCUUUCUUGGGAUCCUCCAGUAUCGGUAGUGUGUGUGGGUGUGCCAUUGGUGGAGACAGACAGAUUUUUGCCACAAAAAUCACGGGGGUUGCUGUCAGUCGACCGAUCCUUCUCCAGCAGGUCGUGCAGGAGACGAAACGGUCAGAGCCGCAGCUGCAAUCAUGCCCGGAUUAUUGUAUGCCACUGUUUUGAUGAUUCACCUUGAGGUUUGGGAGCACUGAUGGGGACGCUCUCGCUCCUUCUGGGACGGCGAGGAGGAAGGGAAUUUGUGCAAGGCACGGCGAGCUAGGCCGGGGCCUUAUCAGGCGAGCAAACUGCACAUCUUCUUCUGAAUCAAGGCCGAGUGUAGCUUUCGGUGGGUU